AUGCAGAAUUACAUUGUGCAUGAAGAGAUUGGCAAAGGAUCGUUUGGAUCCGUCUUUCGAGCCACCCGAAAGAAGGAUGGAAAGGCUGUUGCAAUCAAGAAAUUGAAUCAAACAUUUGGCGAUUGGAAUGCUGUUCGAACCUUGCGCGAAUGUCGUGCCAACCUCGUCUUAUCAAGAGACUGCAAGUAUCUAUGCCAGAUGUAUGAUAUUAUCCGGGAGAACGAUGGGACCCUAUACUUUUCCAUGGAACUCAUGCCCGAUGGUACUCUCAACGAUUAUAUUCAAUCGUUUCGACAGCAGUUACGAACUUCUUCCAGUGGAGACAGCAAUAGUGCUAGAACGCACAUUGGUCCCUCCUCUAUUCAAUCAAUUCUUCGGCAAGUUCUUCGAGGAUUGGAACAUAUCCAUGCCAAGGGAUAUAUGCAUCGUGAUUUAAAGCCAGAGAAUAUUUUGAUGCGGGGGAAAGAAUGCAAGGUGACGGAUUUCUCUCUAUCAAGAAUGACAGUGCAGAAAAGUCAAAUACUACAAAGAAGUCAUGCAAGCCAAGAAUGCCACCAGCAGCGGCACGGAACUAGGCAUAACAGUCCAUCCCAACCCCAACAUCACCACUGUAAUCCAAUGGCGCCAACUCAUACAAUGCACAAUGCACUUCACCAACCAUCCAAAAUGACUAGCUACGUGUCGACUCGAUGGUACCGGGCUCCCGAAAUAAUCCUUUGCGCGCCGCAAUAUUCCACCGCCGUCGAUCUCUUUGCGCUGGGCUGUGUCAUGGCCGAACUAUACACACUAGACCCGCUCUUUCCCGGAAGUGGAGAGAUACCACAACUAGCUCUCAUCUGCGAGCUUUGGGGUGGACCGUUGCACUGGCAUGAACAUUGGCCAGAAGGCAAGCGGUUGGCCGCAAAAAUGGGACUGGAAGUGGUGGCGGACCAUCAUCAUCUUCACCAUCAAAAUGACAGUCACCAAGGAGGCAGGAACCCCACGGAGAAUGAGGUACAAGUUCGACACCAUUCUGUCGAGAGUACAUGCCGAUCCAAAUUGCGAGUAAAAGUCCCAUCUGCCUGUGAGAGAGCCUUGGCAUUGAUGGAACACUGCUUGCGAAUCAAUCCAAAUGGCAGACCUACGGCAUCCAAUGCCCUGCAAUAUGAUUUUUUCGAUCCACUGGUGAAAAAUUGUCCGCCCAGCAGUAUUUCUGCUUCUCCAAUUCCAGUCGAUGCCAAUACUGGUACCAAGAAUCAUCAUCAUCAUCAGAAUGACAAUGAUUCCAUUGCAUUCUUGUAUAGUCGAAAUACUCCACCUACCACCUCGGCUGAAUUCACCAAUCAUCUGUCACCAUCGUUGCUAUUGGACCAGAACUCACAAAUUAUCAACCAGUCUGCCGCUGCUGUGGUGAGCACGAAUCGGGACGUGGAUCAAGGAGUUUUUUCUAGCGCGAUGCAAUCUUCUAGUAGUCAUGGCUCUGUCAUGGGAUUCCUUUCUCCGAGCAAUAUCAGCAACACUGAUUUGAACCGCAACUCUGGUCUGCUGGACAAGCAUAGCCUCUUGGGAAGCAUUGAUUGCAAGAAAAGACGUUCGCAGCAGUCCAUCAUCCAUAGUAACCGAAAGAAGCGAGGGAAAGAGUACAAGCCUUCUCGUGCAUUCUUUGCUGACAUGUCGAAUCCCUCGUCGCUGCCCAAUACCAUGGAUUGGCAACCACUGAGAUCUCUGAAUUUUGCUGAUGUUCAGCGUCGGAGAUAA